AUGUCCAAGCUGACUGUCUUAGCAGGCUUAUGCCUGGUGCUCUGCCAGAUAGGUGCUGGACUUGAGAUGGGGUGCUAUUUCACCAACUGGUCCCAAUACAGACCUGGGAUUGGAAAGUACCUGCCUGCUAAUGUAGACCCCUUCCUGUGCACCCACCUGCUCUACGCCUUCUCCAUCCUCAACCACAACAACGAGCUUACCAUGUACGAGUGGAAUGACGAUGUUCUCUACAAGGCCUUCAACGACCUGAAGAAGAAAAAUGCCCAUCUGACAACUCUCCUGGCUGUUGGUGGAUGGAACUUUGGCUCAGCUCAGUUCUCCAUCAUGGUGUCCACCCCAGCCAACCGUCAGACGUUCAUCCAGUCGUCCAUCAAGUUCCUGCGGACACACGGCUUUGACGGGCUCGACCUGGACUGGGAGUACCCUGGGUCUCGAGGGAGCCCCCCAGAGGACAAGCAGAGAUUCACCCUCCUGUGCAAGGAGCUUGUGGAGGCCUAUGAGGCAGAAGGAAAGGCCACUGGACGCCGCAGGUUGAUGCUCACUGCAGCAGUGUCUGCUGGGAAGGGGACCAUUGAUGCCGGCUAUGAAAUCGCUGAAAUCGGAAAGCACCUGGACUUCAUCAAUGUGAUGACGUAUGACUUCCACGGGACCUGGGAGAGGUUCACUGGGCACAACAGCCCGCUGUACCGUGGAGCUCAGGAUAACGGAGACCUCAUCUACUUCAACACCGACUUUGCCAUGAGGUACUGGAGGGAUAACGGUGUCCCCUCUGACAAGCUCCGAAUGGGAUUCGCCACAUACGGCCGCACGUUCCGCCUGGCCGACCCGGCGUCCAAUGGGGUUGGGGAUACAGCAACUGGCCCUGCUUCUGCUGGAACCUACACACGGGAGGCUGGCUUCUGGGCAUACUACGAGAUCUGUGGUUUCCUGAAAGGCACCACUAUCCAGUGGAUUACUGACCAGAAAGUUCCCUAUGCCACCAAAGGAUACGAGUGGGUGGGAUUUGACACGCAGGAGAGCUAUGAGACCAAGGUGCGCUACCUGAAGGACCAGAAGAUUGGAGGUGCCUUUGUCUGGGCCCUGGACCUGGAUGACUUCGCAGGACAGUUCUGUGGGCAGGGAAAUCAUCCCCUCAUGGGCCACCUACGCAAGCUCCUGGAUAUUGAACUGCCUCCACAGCCACCCAGCACCACCACCAAGCCCGGACCCCCAACUGAUAAACCACCAACUCCCCCCACGACCACCACCACCCCCCACAUCCCUGGCCCCGGAGAUACCUUCUGCACUGGCAAGCCUGAUGGCGUAUACCCCAAUCCGGAAGAUCCUAACGCCUUUUACUUAUGCUCAGGGGGAGUGACCUUCCCCAAACGCUGUGGCGCAGGCACAGUGUUCGACGAAAGCUGCAAGUGUUGCACCUGGCCUAAGGCUCACUGA